CAGUUAUCUUGCCAACUUCCCAUAUUUACAACACUCUUUCUGGUUCAAUAAUAAUCGCAAAUAAGACAGGAUUAUAUCAGCAUUUUCCCGACAGUUGCAGCCAGGAUGUCGCGCAAACCCACCGAUGUGGCGUCCAAGGAGCGCAACGAGUACAUCCCGUCCUUCAUCUCGAAGAAACCGUUCUAUAUCGAUGAUGACGCCACAGCAAACGACUAUCUAGAGCAUCAGCGCUUACAAAAAUCGACUGCUGAUCAGUCCAAGUGGUACGAAAGAGGCAAGCGUGCUGGUCCCGCUGCCACUAAGUACCGGAAAGGAGCAUGCGAGAACUGCGGUGCUAUGACCCACAAGACUAAGGAGUGCCUCAGUCGGCCACGAAAGCAUGGAGCGAAAUGGACAGGGAAGGAUAUCCAGGCAGACGAAAUCGUGCAAGAUGUGGAACUAGGCUGGGAUGCGAAGCGGGAUCGAUGGAAUGGUUAUGAUCCAAGGGAAUAUCGCAGCGUGAUUGAGGAAUAUGAGGAGCUUGAGAAAUUGAAGCGAAAAGCUAAAGAAGAAAGCGAAAAGAAACAGCUUGACGGCGAGGACGAUGAGGAUGGAGGUCACGAUGAAGAAGCACGGUAUGCGGAAGAAUCAGACAUGGGAAGACAACAGAGCACAGCAACCAGGAACCUGCGAAUCCGAGAAGACACAGCAAAGUAUUUGCUCAACCUUGACCUUGACUCCGCAAAAUAUGAUCCCAAGACGCGAUCAAUGGUAGAUAUGGGAGCGCAGGCGGACCAGGCAUCAGCUCUUGUUGCAGAAGAAAAUUUCGUGCGUGCAUCGGGAGAUGCUGCAGAGUUCGAGAAAGCGCAGCGUUAUGCUUGGGAAUCACAAGAACGCGGAGGCAAGGACAAGAUACAUCUCCAGGCCAACCCUACGUCUGGAGAGGUCCUUAGGAAGAAGCAUGAGCAAGAAUCCGAGGCCAAACGUCAAGCUAAGCGCAAAGCACUCCUUGAGAAGUAUGGUGGCGAGGAGUAUCUGCAGCCCUCUCCUCUGAAGGACGCUGCGGUUGUUGAAAAUGAGCGGUUCGUUGAGUAUGAUGAGACCGGUGCUAUCAAGGGAGCGCCAAAGAAAGUGGCAAAAUCGAAAUACGCGGAAGACAUUCUCAUCAACAACCACACAUCAGUAUGGGGAAGUUGGUGGCACAAUUUCGAAUGGGGAUAUGCAUGCUGUCAUUCUACUGUCAAAAACAGUUACUGUACUGGCGAGGAAGGGAAACGGGCGUUCGAAGAGGCAGGCAAUAUGCUCUUACCGCCAGAGGGAGACAGCGAAGAGACCACUGCCAAAGAAAAUGACGAGGCGGAUUCGGCAGAGCCGAGGACAGGCGGUAGCGAUCAAAAUCAGAAAGAUGCGGCAGAUACCAACUCCAAGAAGCGAUCGCUUAUGGAGGUGCAGCAAGGCGUCAGCGAAGAGGAAUUGGAGUCAUACAAGCGAAGUCGCCUUGCUGCGGAGGAUCCUAUGAGUCGUUUUAUUGGGAAAGAUGAGCUUGUAUAAUGAUUCUGUUUCAUCUAUUUAUGAUAUCUACGUGGGCGUCUGAUUCUCUUCCUGUAAAUGCAAAACAUGCUGGCCAUGAAAUUAUCCUUGAGUUGAAUCAAAUGCGAACGAGAUGGGUGAUAAAUUCACUAUAGAAACGAGGAGCAAUGCCUCGAUUUGUUUAUUCCUUCUGAGAGUCUGUUUCAAUGAGAUGUCAGAGAGUAUUCUCCUGUCUAGGUAUCUCUUUUCUUCGCCCACGAAAUAGCUAUUUUCAUUGCCGUAAGGACUAAACAUAUGCUUUAAUUGAUCCACGCUCGUAGCUGAUUUAUACAGAUACAGCUAUGCAAUAAUGUAUGAAGCCACUGUGUGAGCCAUGUAGAAUUUAGCGUCCAGGACGCAAUCUUGAUCGAAACGUUGAAGUUUAGCCACGAGUCCACGACUAUGAGUAUGAGAAAUGGAGAUGGGUCUGAA